AUGUGUCCACACACGGUUCUUCUGACAGGAGCUACAGGGUUCAUUGGAGGCUCCGUCCUGACCAUGUUAAUGACCUCCAUCGAUCAUAACAUCAAAAACCUUCUCAUCACCACUCUCGUGCGUCAUCAAGACCAAGCAGAUCUUCUCGCAGACCGUGGCAUCAGAGCGGAGCUUUUUGAAGGUCUGGACGACACUGAACGGCUUAGACAUCUCGCAUCAGACUACGAUAUCGUGUUCCAUUGCGCCACGGGUUUGCAUACUCCCUCCGCGGAAGCAUUAGUUUUAGGUUUAGGUGAUUCGAUGAAGAGAAGUGGUAAUCAGGCGUACUACAUUCACACCACUGGCACAUCAAACCUAGCUUACAGCUCGCUUUCUAAUCCGGAAGCUUCCAUUCGUGACUUCUCGGACGUCGACGAUGAUAUUUACGAAGAGGAAGUUCGCCUAUCCAGCGAUCAAUUCUACCCGCAGCGGCAGACGGACCUUGUGGUCCUUCAGGCGGCCGAGAAGACUGGCGUUAAGGCGUAUCUUAUGAUGCCCCCGACCGUGUAUGGCAGAGGACUUGGAAUGUUCAACAAAGAAUCGAUUCAACUCCCAUUCACUGUCCGACAUGCGAUCCACUCCGGGUAUCCGGAGUACCUUGGAGAUGGCUCAGGAACCGUGGGAUAUGUCCAUAUUGCUGACCUUGCAAGUCUCUACGAAGUACUCCUUAGCAAGAUUCUGGCUGGUACCGAUGUACCCCAUGGAAGGAAGGGCUACUUCUUCAGCAAUACAGGAGCCUUCACUUGGAAGGAAGUGAAUGAAAGGCUUGGAGAAAUUGGUCACCGCCUUGGCAUCUUGAGAUCUCCUAAGCCUGUACCUAUCACCUUAAGCAAAGCCCUCGAACAGUGGGGUUUUACUGAGGGUAACCAACUUCUUCUUGAAAUAAAUCAUGCUGGCAGGUGGGUAUUCAUGGUCCAUAGUGUGAGCUACCCGAAACUAAUAUGUGGGUGGAUUUUUAGGUCCAAGACCACCCCAAAGAACGCAUAUCAUUUGGGUUGGAAGCCUGAGAAGACUGCUGCGGACUGGGACGCGCAGCUUGAGGAAACUUGGAGGGCUGUGGCGAAUAGAGUUGGUAGCUAG